CCCGAGUCCAGGGACGUCAGGACUCGCUACGCCCUCCGCGAGCGAAGCGCCGCCGCAAUGUCGCCCCCCGCGCCCCGCGGGGCGCCUGGCGGCCUCGCCCCCGAGCCGCCGAGCCCCGGCACCGGCGCGCGGCGCAGCGGAACGAGGCUCCGCACGCUGCCGGCCCGGCCGUCGGCGGUGGAGGCGCUGCCGAGCCCGAUGGAGCUCGGGCGCAGGCCGCAGCGGGCCUCGACGCUGGGCGGCGCCGGCCGGCCGCCGGGCUCUCGGGAGGGCUCGGCGCGCGGGGGGGGCGGCCCGCGGCCAGGGUCGCGGCAGGGCGAGGCCGCUCCGCCGACGAGCGGGCCGUUUCUGGCGCCGGAGCCUGGGGAUGCCGCGGGGCGCCGGCCAUCCAGCCACACCGGCGGCAGGCAGGACGCGUCGCUGUCUGCAACAAGGGUCUCGCUGCCGGAACUUUUAGAAAAGCGCGCUUCGCGCCGCAGCAAGGAGCGCGCGCCCUCACUGGCUCCGCCGCAGAGAGGGGAGGACUACUCGUCGCUGCCCCGGGUGGGGUCCAUGCCGCAGCUUGCCAACGACAGGGGGAAGCAGCACGACCCGCGAUCCGCGAGGUCCCUGCGCACACCCGACGACGGGGCCGUCGGCAGCCUGCCCCGCGAUUCCACGAGGCUCACGUCGGGCAACAGCAGGCUUCGAGUCAGCACGCGUUCUGAGGCGGAGAGGUCGCCCCGUAGAUCCACGUCGUGCAUGAAGCUGCCUCGGCUGAGCGCCCGUUCUGAGGCUGGGGGCUCUGUUGCAAGCACCCGCGAGCCGCAAGAGGAGUGGCGUUCGGGCGGGCUGUGGUCACAGGCGCAGACGCCGCGGAGUCCCCGUCCUAGCCGAGACCGACAGGCGGAGGCGAUGAAGGACAUCUGCCAGCUGCAGCGGGAGAACGGGAUUCCGAUGGAGAGCAUGCAGGCGGCGAUGACGCUGUUCAGGCAGCACGCGACAGUGCCAGAAGGGGGCUCAGUCUUUGCGGACGGGGAGCUGACGAGGGCGAAUCUCGCGAGCGUCAUGAGGCAAAUGACGGAGUCUAUGGAUGAAGUCAUGGAGACUUGCUUGGUGGACAGCGCCUUCAGUGUAGCGGACAAGGACGGCAAUGGUUCCAUCAGUUUCUACGAGUUCGCUAUUUGGUUCUCGAGUCAUAGUUUCGAUGAGCAUUUCAAUGUAGGUGCCGAAGAGCUUGAGCUGCGCAACUUGUCCCGUCAGCUCGAAAUGCCUCCGUCCGAGAUAGACGCGCAUCCUAGGCACUUCGACUCGUUCGACAUCGACGGAAACGGCACGAUCGACAGGACAGAGUUCUACAGUAUGCUGCUGAAGUGUCUCAAGGUUCCGGAACACGUUGGGCUUCCUGCAGGCCGAGUGCAACAGUUGUGGGCUGGUGCUGACUCGGACGGCAAUGGGGUGAUAGAUUUCGUUGAGUUCGUCGUGUUCUUGUCCAAGUACUUCCCACAGCUCGGUUCCAAUCCCACGCGCAAGCACUACUCCCAGAACGGCCUGCUGAGCACACUCCAAGCGAAUUGCUCUCAGACUCUCCAAUCCGCAAGUGGUCGGAGCGUGCCCGCGGAUGAUGGGGACGACUAUCGUUUUGGCUUCACACAGUUCUAG